AAUUCAUGUGGCUGCCUGGCUGGAUUGGAUACUAGCUGGUUGUAACUGAAGAAUGUAAAAUGUCGUCGGUAGAGUCGUAAUUGUGACAGUAGUGAAAUGUCGUGAAAUUAAAGUUUAGUAGAAGAUCGCGAGAUCUUCUCAGAAUAAUUAUCCAAACGACUGAAAUGGAAUUUAACAUAUCACGUACAGCAUAAAAUAGGGUCAGGUACUGUAAUACAUUAUAAAAUAAUAACGUACUCUAAUCAUGGAUAGUACAGAAUAUGAAUUAGUAAGGAAUAUGACCUUACUAUUUUUCUUUGAGAGGUUAAUGGAUAAAGGGGGUCCUAGAACACUUCAUGAUUUGAGUUGUCAGUUCGGUGCUAAAGGAUUUUCCAAGGAAAUGCGUCAAAUUGCAGGUGGAUCACAAUCUGGGCUAAAGAAAUUUUUGGCACAGUACCCUGCUUUAUUUGUUGUUGAUGGAGACUAUGUUUAUAUCAAUACCUUUUCAGCUCCUCAAGAUGACAUAGAAGACUCAAAUUCUAGUCUUCGACCAAAUAUUGGAAAACGUGAUUAUGUACAAGAAGCUGUAGAAUAUUUUUCUAAUAAAUUACAACAGUAUGGUGUGGGAACUGAAGUUCCUAUUAAAAGUCUUCUUGGACAUAGAUCACAGGCUUCACCAGAAGUCCGACAUAUAUCUGGCCAACAUAAUCGUGAUUUUAAAGAGUUUUUAUGUAAACAUCCAGAGGCAUUUAUUGUUAACGAAGAUACAGUAAUAUUGAAAGAGUAUGAAGGUAAGGAACCUCAACCAUUCCGUGAGCUGGAAAAUGUAAAAUUAGAUCCUGCUGUUACUUCUCGCCUACUAGAUUUUUUCAAAAAGUGUAUUGAAAUGAAAGGACCCAUAUUAGUAGACCAAUUAUUCCAUCAUGUUGUGUCCUUCUUCCCUGAGGAUAAUUGGUCCAGCAUAUUCAAAACUCCACAGGAUUUAACAACUUUCUUGAAAAUGCAUUCAAAUAUGUUCAGCGUGCAAUCUAAUUUGGUUACAGUUAUUCAAAUUCCAAAUAAAGUCAUUGAAACUAAUAUUAAUAUAGGAAAUAAAUCACAGGCAGACAGUAAUAAGACGCUAGGAAUUGAGGCUACCAGCAUCAUAAGUACAACUCAAAAUAAUAUAAACCAGUCGACAAUUAAGUUGCAGCCUCCUGCUCCAGAUAUUGGAGAUAAAGGAUCAAUUCCUAAUGUUGGAUCCCAAAAUCAGAAUUUAAGUUUAAAACAACGUAUCAAUUCUUUAGUAAUGAAAACUUUAGCUGACAACACUGAAAAGGAUCGUAGUCUUGCAGCAACAUCUAUAAACAAUGGUAUUGGUCCUAAUAACACUGAUAAUUGGAAAAAUAAAGUUGUACAGUCAACCAGAGUAAUAGCAAACGUCAAAGAAUCUUUACAAAUAAUUGAAGACAUUAUGAAAAAAACAAAUGUGGCAGUUUCUUUUGACUGUGAAGGAAUAAAUUUAGGUAUCAAGGGACAACUUACACUCUUUCAGAUAGGAUUGUGUUCUGGACAUGCUUAUAUUUUUGAUCUCAUCACCUGUCCUUCAUUGGUGUCAGCCGGUGGACUUCAGAAACUACUUGAAUCAGAUUCUGUUAUCAAGGUUAUUCAUGAUUGCCGAAAUGGCAGUGUUAAUCUCUACAAUCAGUUUGGAAUAACCUUGAGAAACGUCUUUGAUACUCAGGCUGCCCAUGCUGUGCUGCAGUUGCAGCAAACUGGGAAACCUGUGUACAAAGUGAAGAAUAUUAGCUUGAAUGCUCUAUGCGAAUUGUAUGAAGCCCCGAUUAAUCCCAUGAAAGAACAGCUAAAGAACAUGUACAGGCGUGACCAACGAUAUUGGGCAAGGAGACCUGUCAAUCGUGAAAUGAUGACAUUUGCUGCUGCGGAUGUCUUGUCUUUGGUGCCUCACGUUUACAGUGCAAUGCUCAAGCAAAUUCAACCAGAGUUUGAGUCCUUGCUCAAUGAGCUUUGUGAAGAACAGGUAUACAUGCAUAUUCGACCAACAGAGGUAAAACAACGAAAGAAACAGCGUAAAGUUGAAAGUGAAGUCAGUGAUUUAAGAAACAAGUUGUCUUCUUCAUCACAAACUGGGCGGAAUAUUGUACUCAGUAACAGAGAAAUACGGCUUUUAAGGUAUUUGGAUUUGACUGAUGAAGAAAAAGAGAAAUUGAAAGGCUCUUAUAAAGUAGCACGCAAAUUGGAAAAGUUGGAAGGAAAAUUAAGGGACGGAGAAGAUGGUGACUGUGAAUAUCCUAGUCUAGAAAGCUGCAACAGUGGCAAGUCAACACCUUCAGACAACUCUCUAUCAGGUGAAGCUCUGAGUCCAACAUCGGAGCCACAGAGCUUGACAGAGUCAAUGCAGCAGAUGGAUGACAUCCUGUCAGACACUGGGAUGGAUCGUCUGGAUAAAAUAGAGAGGCUGGAGGCUCUAUUAACAGCAGCUAUGAGCGGGCUGGGUAGUGGGGAUGGAGAGGGUUGCAGCUGCCGCUGUCACGAGCAGACGCCCUCCACAGCGACCUCUACCUCUGGGACAGCAUCACAGACCCUCUCCACUGGUGAUAUUGUAAUCACCAAAAUAUUCUUCAAAGAGGAAGAUACGGAAAAGGAACGGACCAUCAUGUGUUCUCCAAAACGCUGAUAAAUCCUGUUAAGAUAAUUACUGCUCAACGUAAUGUAUGGUAUUUUUUAAUAUUAGCUAUCUGUCUAAUAUUUGUAAUUUUCUAUUUUUUACACACAAUAUUAAUGUUUUUAUUUAUUUGUUACAAGUUAAAUUUGUUAAGGGUAAAAUUUGGUGUAUUGGGCAAAAUGGCUCAGUAAAACAAUAUUGUGGUAGUGGCAAUGGAAGUAGUUGUGAUUAACUCAACAAAACUAAUAUAAAAUACAGAGGUCUAGUAAAACCUCAAUAUCUUAGUUAAAUUUGGUCAAGACUUAAAUACCCAUCAUGAAACCCACGAUAAGUAUGUAAUAUUAUUUUUUUAUGUCAUUAUUUUGGUAUUUUGUUUGUUAAAUUUAUUUUUACUGUCAGACAGCAACAAAAACUGCCUAUCCAACAAUUAAUUUUGCUAUACUGAUAUAUAAUUUUGUACAACUAUCACAGCUUUGAGAUAAAAUAUCACAAUAUCAAGCACUUUUCUAAUAAAAAAAUCAGUUUUAGUAAUGUACUAGCUGUUCCCCUCGGCUUUGCACGCUUUUUGUAAGCUUUGCUCGUGUAUGAGCACUUCUGGUUCUAGUGAAUUAUAUUGUCAACGUCGAUGUAGAGUUUACCUUGUUGACACUAUCAAGAAAAUCUGCCAAAAGUGAAU